UGCACGUUUUYCAAAAUGGACGCCGAUCUUUAUGAUGAAUUCGGCAAUUACAUUGGUCCUGAGUUGGACAGUGAUGAUGAAAGUGAUUCAGAGGAAGAAGAACGUGAACAAGAGGAUGACGCUUUGGGGGAAGGAUAUGAAGAUGAACAGAUGGACCAGGAUGAUGAACCAAGAAUGCAAAUUGUUCUUCAUGAGGACAAAAAAUAUUAUCCAACUGCAGAAGAAGUGUUUGGGCCAGAAGUAGAGACUGUUGUUCAAGAAGAGGACACUCAACCCUUAACAGAGCCUAUCAUAAAACCUGUCGCAAAAAAGAAGUUUUCAUUGAUUGAGCAAGAAUUGCCACUGACUUCGUAUGAUAUUGAGUACCUUGCUGAUCUAAUGGAUAAUCCUGAUCUUGUGCGAAAUGUUGCACUAGCUGGUCAUUUACACAGUGGAAAGACAACAUUUUUAGAUUGUUUAUUUGAGCAAACACAUCCUGAACUGGUUCCACAGGAAGGAAAAGAUCUUCGUUAUGCAGAUUUCUUGUUUACAGAGCAAGAAAGGGGACUGAGCAUAAAAAGCACUCCAGUCUCUCUUGUCCUACCAGACACUAAAGGAAAGUCAUUCCUGGUAAAUGUGUCUGAUACUCCAGGUCAUGUGAACUUUUCAGAUGAAGUAACAGCAUCAUACAGACUUUGUGAUGGAGUUAUGAUUUUCAUUGAUGCUUCAGAAGGGGUUAUGCUUAAUACUGAAAGACUUCUAAAACAUGCCGUCCAAGAACAGUUAUCAGUGACAAUUUGUAUAAACAAGAUUGAUCGACUUAUGCUGGAACUAAAGCUUCCUCCAACAGAUGCUUAUUAUAAACUGAAGCAUAUUGUAGAUGAAGUCAAUAGUUUAUUAAGCAUUUUUGCAGAAGAUGAUAAUAAUCUUAUAGUUUCUCCACUUCUUGGUAAUGUGUGCUUUGCAAGUUCUUCAUAUGGAUUUUGCUUCACACUCUUCUCGUUUGCAAAUCUUUAUGUGGAUAGUUUUGGUGGAGGAAUUAAUCCCAAAGACUUUGCCAAUAGACUCUGGGGUGAUAUGUACUUUAACUCAAAGACGAGGAAAUUUACACGAAAAGCACCAUUAAGUACUUCACAGAGAAGCUUCGUUGAGUUCAUUUUAGAGCCUCUGUACAAAAUAUUCGGACAGGUCGUUGGGGAUGUGGAUACUACUCUUCCUGAUGUAUUGGAUGAGCUAGGUAUUCGAGUGACUAAGAAAGAGAUGCAGUCAAAUAUUAGACCACUGUUAAAACUUGUCUGCCAAAGGUUUUUUGGAGAUUUUACAGGUUUUGUGGAUGUGUGUGUCAGUCAUAUUCCUUCUCCAAGAGGAAAUGCUAAAACAAAGGUUGGGUACAAUUAUACAGGUCCUCUUGACUCAGACAUUGUUGAUUCUAUGUAUGAGUGCAAUGCAGAUGGUACAUUGAUGGUUCAUACCACUAAACAAUAUCCAUCUAAUGAUGCCACAGCAUUCCAUGUGUUUGGACGUGUAAUGAGUGGAACAUUGUAUGCUGGCCAGCAAGUGCGAGUUCUUGGUGAAAACUACACAAUGGAAGAUGAAGAGGAUUCUAGAGUUGGUUUGAUUGGUACUAAUCACAAUCGCACUAAAGAAAAUCCGCAGUCAUUCAGCCAAUCAGACAUGAGCAUUUAUGUAGCAUUUGUCAAGCCUCCAGCAGAGCCUUGGAUUGGACUGAAGGGAAACAACGCAACAAAAACAUAUCAAUGGAGUGAUGGGACACCUGCCRACUUCCUAAACAUGGUACCUUACAAACCAGGAACAGGCUGUGUUGCCAUGGCUGAUAAUGGCCAGUGGUUUGACACCGAUUGUCAAUUAUUACCCAGACCAUUUGUUUGUGAAAAGUAUGYACCUUGA